CAAAAAUGGACUCUAACAUGACUAUUGUGAGCCCAGCAUACUUCAUUAUCAGGGGCUUUUCAGGCAUCCCUCAUGUUAACUACUACUAUUUAUUUUUACUGGUGCUCUACAUCAUGUCAGUGGUGGAAAACGGGAUAGUGAUGGCCUUGAUCUGCUUCGACCAGAGUCUCAAGACUCCAAAGUAUAUUGCUGUGUUUAACUUGGUGUUUGUAGACGUGGUCGGCAGCUCCGCACUGGUGCCCAAGGUUAUCGACACCUUCUGGUUCGACCACAAGUACAUCUCGUACAGCAACUGCUUAACCUAUUCGUUUUUUUAUUAUGUGCUCCUCACCAUGCAGUCCCUUAAUCUAGCUUUACUCUCCUUUGACAGGCUAAUAGCGAUCACUUUUCCAUUACGUUAUCAGAUCAUUGUGAAUCUGAAGACCAUGUUCUCACUGGUAGCUGCUUGCUGGAUUAUCUCCAUAUUUGACAUGUUAGUAGCUAUAGGGUUUCUUAUCCGGCUGUCCUUCUGCAGGUCUGUUGUUAUCAACAGCUAUUUCUGUGACUAUGGGCCGCUCUAUGAACUUGCCUGCAAUGACUAUCGGCCCAAUGAUAUAAUUUCCACAGUGAUACCAGUUUUCAUUAUUUGGGCUCCAUUGCUCUUUAUUUUGAUAUCUUACAUGUGCAUUGGUGCAGCUUUGGCUAAAAUAGCUGGAGGACAAGAUAGGAUGAAGGCUUUUAAAACAUGCAGUGCCCAUAUAAUGUUGGUAAUUAUUUUUUACUUACCUAUUCUAGUCACUUUUAAUGUUGCUGCUAAAAUGCCUCUCAAUGCAGGGAUAAUUAGUCUUUCUCUUGCAGCAGUCAUACCUCCAGCGUUUAACCCACUGAUUUAUGUUCUACAGACUGAGGAAAUCAAACUGUCUCUGAAAAAGAUGUUGAACAAAAUGAAGCAAUCAAAAAUUGCAUUGAAGUAGAACAUCAAUGUGAUAUUUCAUUUCAGACAUUGUGUUGAAGUGUACAGUUUUUGUUAGGCAAAACAUUUGUAAUAGUAAUCAGUGAAUUUUUGGUAAUAAAACCUUUUUCUUCUGUAACUGAAGAAUAAUAACUCUUAGCCAAUUUAAUUCUGAGAAAUGAAUGCAUUGUAUUUUUGUGUGAUCUAUAUGACAAAAAGUUAAAAUCAGAUCUUAAAUGAGCUCAUCAUUGAUGUCGAUAUCAGCCAUUUAUGUGUCCAUGGACUGCUUUGUCAAAUUGCAUGCAAUAACAUUCAGGCUGAUAAUACACUUGCCAACUUGUUUACAACUGUUAUUCUUCGGGUUCCAUAGCUGUUUAUCUUGAUCGCUUACGUGUGCAUUAGUGCAUUUUUGGCUAAGAUAGCCCAAGCCCAGGAUAGAAUUAAAACUGUUAAAACCUGCAGUGCUCAAAUGUCUGGGACAAAGUUAUUUGACACUAAAAUACAAGAGUAAGGUACAUGGAUUUAUAUGGAAAAAGUCUUCUAAAAAUACAAUUGCCUUGAAUUCCUGCUGCUUAGGGAUGCCAAGACAAUGUGAAUAAAAACAAACACAUUCAAAGCAUUGAAACUAAUACUAGCCACAGCGUAUCCCUCAUCAGGAAUAAUCUCAAUAAAUUUAGAUUUUCUCCUGGGAUAGCGAAGGCAAGCCCUACUCUGCCUCUUAUUCUCUUAGGUUUUGUCCAGGGUGAGGAAAAAGGUUGUUGCGGUAAAAAGUGGUUGUUUCCUAAAACCUACCUUUUUGUUGCCUGAACCAUCCAUCCACAGCGACCUAAACCUUACCGAACUGUUGUGUUGCUUGAACUAAUUGGUAAAUAAUAAAAAAAAAUGCAAAUAUUAAGUACACUAAGUCUAAAAUGAGUAUGUGACAUGCACUCCGGUCUCCUUGGUGAAAUGGUUUAUCCAUCCAGCAGAUGCAUGGAUGGAACAGGGCCUUGGCUCGGACAUCAGGGGCCGUAUUCAAGUUCAAGUUCAAGUUCAAGUUUAUUAUAGCCAUAUCAACAGUAUAAAAAAUACAGUUGAUAGGAAUUUGUUUUGGUGUGCUCACAUGUAUUACACAGCAACAUAACAACACAACAUUACAAGACAGAAAGCCAAAACGGCACAUAAAUAACAAGGAGUACAACACUUAACACACAUGAAAAACACACAAUGCAUGGUUCGCGGGGAAUGACAGCAGUAAAGUACAGUACAGUGGUGCAAAAACUGCAAGUGAGGUAGACCAUGAAGAUCUUCAAGUGCUUAGUGCUUGUUCAAGUGGCGUAUAGCUUGUAGAUAGGUACUAUCCCUAAAGCGUGUUGUUUUACUUGUGAUGCUUCUGUACCUCCUCCCUGAUGGUAAGAGUGUGAAUAAGUGGUGUGCUGGAUGAGAGGGGUCAGAGAUGAUCUUCCUAGUUUUCCUGGAAAUUGUGGUGUCAUAGUGCGAGCCUAUGGUAGGCAGACUACAGCCAAUGAUUUUAGAGGCCCUGCGUACUACCCUCUCAAGCUGUUGUUUGUCCUGGCUGGUAGCACUACCAUACCAGACCAGGAGGGAGAAGGUGAGCACGCUUUCGAUGGCUGCACGAUAAAAAUGGGUCAUGCCUGCCUGACUUACCCCAAACUUCCUCAGCUGACGGAGGAAGUAUAACCUCUGAUGGGAUUUGGAAAUAAUAAGACUAAUGUUGAGGUUCCAUGAUAGGGACUGGUGGAUAGUGGUGCCUAAGAAGCGGAAGGAGGAGACCCACUCCACAACUUGGCCAUUAAUGGAGAUGGGAAGGUGCUGGCCUGCCUUUUUCCUAUAGUCAAUGAUGAUUUCUUUGGUUUUGGUUGUAUUUAGUAUAAGGUUAUUGUCUUCACACCACUGCACCAGCUGUUCAACCUCACUCCGGUAGGUAGAUUCCUCCCCAUCAGAUAUGAGGCCUAUGACAGUGGUGUCAUCUGCAAACUUUAACAUUUUAACAGAUGCAGAGUUUGAUGUACAAUUAUUUGUGUACAGUGAAAAUAAUAGAGGUGACAAGACACACCCUUGUGGGGCGCCAGUGUUCAGAAUCCUUGGUGAUGACACAUUAUUUUUGAUUUUAACACACUGUUUCCUACUGGACAGGAAGUUUAAGAUCCACUGACAAAGUACAGCAUCAACUCCUGCAGCCAGGAGAAAAUUGUACAGUCUGACAGGAAUGAUGGUAUUGAAAGCCGAGCUAAAAUCAAUGAACAGUACACGGGCAUAGGUGGACUUAGUGUUCAGAUGUUGCAGAAUGAAAUGUGUGCAAAGUGAAACUGCAUCGUCCACUCCCUUAUUAGCCCUGUAGGCAAAUUGGUGAGGGUCUAGCGUGAUGUACGUCAAGUACCUACAGACUAGGCGCUCAAGUACCUUCAUAACAACAGAAGUAAGUGCCACAGGCCUAUAGUCAUUAAGACAGGUUAUGUUUCUUUUCUUGGGCACUGGAAUGAUCAUAGCGGAUUUAAAACAUGCAGGUACCGUUGCUGUGUUAAGAUACCAGUUGAAAAUGUAAGUGAGUAUGGAGGCAAGCUGGUCUGCACAGCUCUUUAGAGUAGCUGGUGUCACACCAUCAGGCCCUGCUGCUUUAUUGAUUUUCUGAUGCCGUAGCAGUCUACGGACAUCAUGCUCUGGGAUGGAAAAGGUAGAGUGCCCAUCCAACAGAGAAUGUGGGAGAGAACUAGUCUGGGCACCAUUGUUCUCAAAACGGCAGAAAAAGUCAUUAAGUCGCUCUGGCAGGGAGGAGUCACAGUCAAGAACGUGAUGUUUUGUCUUGUAGUCAGUGAUCGCCUGUAGGCCUUGCCAGACACCCUAAAUUUUGUGAUCUUGGAGUUUGUUUUCAAGUUUGAGUCUGUAGUUGGCUUUAGCUGUAUUAACUGCUUUCCGGAGUUUGUAUUUAAGUAGUAUGUAUUGCUCUUUGACCCCACAUUUAAAAGCGUCAUUUUUCUCCUUACACAGGCGCUUAACUUCCUUGUUAAACCAAGGCUUGGUGUUGCUGUAGAUAGUAACAGAAUUGGUGGGGAUGCACACAGACUCGCAGAAACAGAUGUAGGACAUUACGCAGUCAGUGAAAGUAUCUAUAUCAUCCUGAUUCUCAGGUUUAAAAACAUCCCAGUCAGUGAUGUCAAAACAGUCCUGCAACAUAUCUAUAGCCCCAGGGGAGCUCCUCUUAACCCACUUAGUCAUUGGCUUAGAUGUCUUAAGUCUCUGUCUGUAUUUAGGAACAAGAAAUAUGGUGUUGUGGUCAGACUCACCGAUAGGGGCUCUGACUAGAGCCUGAUACGCCUCCGGUAUGGAGGAGUAGCACUGGUCUAAGGUUUUGUCCAGCCUGGUGGGGACGCGAAUCUGAGGCUUGUAUCUGGGGAGAGUUUUCUGCAAGGAGACGUGAUUGAAGUCACCAAGCACCAGGACGGUCGAGUCUGGGUUGGAGUUUUCCACAGUGUGAAUGUGGUCGGCUAGUUUUUGAGUGGCAGAGGCUGCCGCUGCGCUCGGUGGGAUGUAGACUGCACAAAGGAUGAUGGAGGAGAUUUCCCUUGGCGAGUAGAAGGGGAUGCACUUCACUGUGAGAUGCUCCAGAUCAGGCGAGCAGCUGGACGAUAGAGUUUUGGUGUCUGUACACCAAUUCUGGUUGAUGUAGACGCCGACACCACCGCCGCGCUGCUUCAGCGAAUCACUGGUGCGAUCCGCCCGAUGAAACGUAAAGCCCUCCUGUUGUAACGCCGAGUCCGGGAUGUUAGUAUGCAGCCAGGUUUCUGUCAGGCAAAUGGCAGCACAGUCUCUAAAAUCCCGUUGGAAGAGGAUGAGGGAGGUGAGCUCGUCCUUCUUGUUUGCUAACGAGCGAACGUUGGAUAGAAUGAGGCUCGGCAGGGCUAGUCGGUGACCCCGGUGUCUUAGCCGAGCUAGUGCUCCACCUAUCUUGCCCCUCUUCCUCGGCUGGUGUUUUGGUCGUCCUCGAGGGAAAUUAGGUGGUAAAUCCAGAACGGGAGAAUGUGAGAGCGGCAGGUUGUCCCUCAUGCGAAUGAGUUCGGAUCUGUCAUACCGAAUAAGCCCAUUGCAUGAUUCCUUAAGUACACAAAACAGUAUAUAAACAAAAUAAACAAAGAGCAACACCGAGUCGCCAUAGUACGGCGCCAUCUUGCGCUGGGAUGUUAUUGCAUUCACAAAGGAUCUUAGGGCUAAAAGUAGGUCCUAACUGGCGAAUUUAGGAGUAACUCCUAAAAAUAAUGGGCGUGUCACUCUUAAAUUUAGGACUCCUAACUUUUUUCACUAAGAGCAAUUCACAAAGUAUUUUAGGCCUAAAAGUAGCACCUAAGUCUAGGAGAGCUUAAAAGUCCUCAAGAGGACUCCUAACUCAGUAAGACCUAUUCACAAAGAAUCGUAAAAUAUCUGCGAGACGAAAUGUUAGAUUAUUCAAUUUGUUGUGGAGUUAAUGCGCGAUGCAAUAACAUCCCAGACUAACAGGAAUAAUCUGAUUAGUCCCGAAAUAAAAUGUUUGGCCACACUACGUUAUUUAGCAACAGGGGAAAUGCAACUUUGCAAUGCCGACGAUUUAAAAUUAUCGCAACCAUCAGUCAGCCGUGCCAUAAACUUUCCUUUGGACAUUCAACAAUUACACAGGAUCAAAGCCAACUUCAUGGCAAUUGCAGGUAGGCCUAUGCCCGGUGUGGUCGAUGCUAUUGACGGGACGCACAUAAAAAUAAUUGCGCCAUCAAAAGACGAGGACGUGUUCGUCAAUAGGAAGAAAGUGCAUUCCAUCAACACGCAGGUUGUUUUUGAUGCAAAUUUUAACAUAGCCUACUGGAUGUUGUUGCAAAGUGGCCUGGAUCUUCAGCUACCCAUGAUUCGCGCAUUUUAAUGGUGAGCGGUCUGAGGCAGCUUUUUGAUGUAGGCCUACCAGUUGGGUGUCACUUGCUGGGUGACAGUGACUAUCCAUGCAAGACGUGGCUCUAGACACCCUACCUCAAUCCACAACUGGGAGCACAGUUAAAG